UUGGUUAAAAUUACUGGAAAACUGGUCGAGAAUAUGCCGCCAAAUCGCUCGCGUCAGGUCGCCCGCAAGAAUCCCUGGCCGCGCAAGGUUAGGCUACUCAAGAAUCGCCAGAAGGUUGCUAGCACGACGCCCACGCCACAAAAAGUUGACCUAAUGACGAUGGCAGAAGGCACCGACCCCAUGGGGCAUCAUCAUCACGCCGCCGGCUCGCACAAUCCCCACCAUUAUCAUCAUCAUCAUCCACACUCGCAUCAGCACCACCAUCCGGCGCAGUAUCAUCACCCCAACCAGCACUAUGCGCCCGCACAGCAGCCACCGGCAGCAGCGGCGGCGGCAGCAGCAGCCGCUGCCUCUCACUAUGCGCCCUAUGCUCAACUUCAGUAUCGGCAUCCAAUGCCUCACCAGCACUUGCCGCUGGCACUCAGUCUGCAUCAGCAGGCGGCGGCGGCUGCCUCGGCAGCGGUUGCUGCCGCAGUUGCCAGCGUCGAGCAGCACAACAACAAUCAGCCGUUUGUGGCCAACAACAACAUCAUGCCAUGGAAACAGCGCAAGCGCAAGCGUCUUUCAGCCGUGCUUGACAAACUGCACCACAACAACAACAACAAUAAUAAUACUAAUAAUAAUAACAACAACAACAACAACAACAAUAAUAAUAACAAUAACACCAACAACAAUAAUAAUAAUGGCGUCGCCUGCAAAACGGAGCCAAUGGACAUGGAUGAGGGAGAUAUGGAGGAAAUGGAAGGAGAUGGCGAAGAAGAAGACAACGGCGAAGCAGCGCAAGAUGCCAAGCAGCAACACGAGGCUAAAUACAUUAAAAGGGAACAGCGUGACGCACUGACAGCAGCCAGCGAUGAGGAACAGAUCGAGGCCGAGGCGGAUCUCUCAGCGGAGGAGCUCUCGCACUCGGACCAGGACGAUCAGGAUAGUCCGCGAAUAAGCAUGAGUCCGCUGCAGGUGGCUGCGACGCCCGCCUCCAAGCCAGCGCCAGAUAGUGCCACAGCUGCCAAGGAGAAUCCGCUUCAUGUGGACAUCAAGACUGAGCACAUGCCAAGCCCGUAUGAUCGCUACUUUCCCAUACCCUCGCCGUUGUUUGGCUACUAUCUGCAUACCAAGUAUUUGAACGAGGUGUUUCGGCGGCGCCAUGAUCUCUAUCCCUCGCCGUUGCAGCACACGCCCUCCUCCAUUGCCUCCGAGACGGAGACCUCGCCCACCAGCCAGGGCAAGACACCAAGCAACUGCAUCAAUGGCAGCCAGCAGCAACAAUUGAUGCCCGCCGUUCUGAUGAAUGCAUCGCCGCCGCCCUCGCUGCCCUCACCACCGCGCAGUGACUCCUCUGUGACCACGGCCCAGCCCACGCGCGUCAGUCCAAAGCCAGCCAAGAAAAAGACUUCCUCGGCGUCGUCGGCCGGCGAGAAGCCAAUGCCGCCACCGCAGGAACGUCCGUUGGAUCUCUGCAUGCGCAGUGAUAUGCUCGGCGAGCCGAAAAAGUAUAAGUCGGGGUCGCCGCCGGUGCAUGCCAGUGCUGCGGCCAUGAUGCCACCGCCGACCGCAUCAAUGAGUGCCGCCAGCAGUCUCGAGAGCAUGAAUGCAUUAUCGCCGGCAUCCAGCACGCACUCGAGCACCUCGAUGACCAGCAGCACGCCCACCUCGACCCUGGCCCCGCCGGCUGCUAUGUCUCCGUAUGCCAUGACGGCAGCAGCGGCGCACGCAGCGGCAGCUGCUGCAGCAGCAGCCAUGAUCAAAAUGGAGAUGCCCAUGCAUCCGCUGCACUCACAUGUGCCCACCACAACAGUGGGCGUGCCGGUGAUCAAGGGUGAUGUGGCUUCACCCACCACAAAGGAGACGGUGGCCUGGCGCUAUAAUCUGGACGUGUCGCCGGUGGUGGAGGAAAUGCCACCCGGCUCGGAUGUGGCCUAUGUGUGCCCGACAUGUGGGCAAAUGUUCUCGCUGCACGAUCGGCUGGCCAAGCACAUGGCAUCACGCCACAAGUCGCGCAAUCCCGCCAACGACAUAACCAAAGCCUAUUCCUGCGACGUAUGCCAUCGCUCGUUUGCCCGCUCCGAUAUGCUCACCCGGCACAUGCGCCUGCAUACUGGAGUCAAGCCGUACACCUGCAAGGUGUGCGGUCAGGUCUUCUCGCGCUCCGACCACUUGUCCACGCACCAGCGCACCCAUACCGGGGAGAAGCCGUACAAGUGCCCUCAAUGUCCGUAUGCUGCUUGCCGUCGCGACAUGAUCACCCGCCACAUGCGCACCCACACACGCUACGAAUCGCGUGGGGCUGGUGGUGCAGGUGGCGGUGGAGGUGGUGGCGGCGGUGGUGGCGGUCGAGGUGGCGAGGAGCCAAAGUCACCAAUGCCGCUGCUAGACAUGAAGAUGAACAUGAAUCUGCCAAUGCUGCUGCAGCAGGAGGAACUGCUGCAAAAAUCGCCGCUCGGCAUGGGCGGACCCAUGCCGAUUGUGGUAAAGACGGAGAGCGCUUAACGGUACCUCUACGCGGCCGCGGCCAGACAGUUCAUGACCUUUUAGAAGCGCCACUAGAGUUGGGCUCUGGGUAAGCCCCCAGCUUAGUGCCCGUUGAGUCCAUAGAUCAGUUGUAGUUUAGCUACGCGCAACUCUGGAAAUCUCUCUGCGAAGACUGAGAACCUAAAUACUACCUACUGUUAAAGGCUUAGGUUUAUACACAUAUUUACGUAUAAUUUUAACUUAAAAAAAUCUAUUUUAAUUUGUACUCAAGCAACCAGCACGCACACACACACACACUGAGACAAAUACACACGGAGUUAACUCAGACCACCACCCAACGUAUUAGCGUUUUAAUUAGUUGUAGGGCAACGAGAGCCGAACCACCCCCAAUGGAGGGAGACAGGCUUAGUUGGUAUUCGUAGUAUUGUAUUUUUGGACAACGUACUGUUGUAGACAACGUUCAGAUACAGCUAGCAAUUCCAUGUUCCACAAUUUAGUUUAUAAUUCCGUCAUAUUGAAAACUUUUAUACAUGUAUACGUGUAUGCACGCGCAUGUAUGUGGUCAGCUAGAGAUUAGUUUGUUAGUUAGUUCGUUAAUUAGUUAGGUAGAGGUCAAAGAUCGGCCUCUGGGCAUUUUUGAACAACAUUGAAAUUAUUAAGUUAGGCAUGCAAGCAUCUAGGCUAUAUUUUGCUAUAUUUAACGUAUGUAUUUAGUAAUUGAAAGCAAAGCGGACAAACCAUAAACAAACAGUAGAGUUAAUUAUACUAUAAUUUAAAAUUAACAUUAAUUUACGCUAACUUAUUUUAGUUUAUUAAACUCUGCAGCAUUGCGCAUUUAGUUUUUAACGUUCUAGCGCUUAAAAGACAACAAUUUGUAUUAAUUAAAUUAUAAUUUUACAAUUUUACACACAGAAAAAGACAAAGAAUUCUCCCUAGGGCACAAAAACAAAAACAUUUCGAUUUCGUACGUGAAGCGAUUGUGAAGCUAAAUUAACUAAUUAUUCCUUCUUUUUUUGUUUAACAAAAAUCUCU